AUGGUGCACAUCGCGGUGCUGGAUACUGAUGUUCCCUGUUAUCGCGUGUACGCUAAACGGGGGCUAUAUAGCACUCAGUUCCGUCGACUGCUCCAGGCCGCUGCAGAGCGGAUAAACAAGAGCGGACAGGAGUUGAAGAAUGGGGAGAUAGAGGUUCGGGUAUCGGGGUUUGAUGUGGUUGGAGGAGUAUUUCCUUCCCUGGAGUGUCUGCGAGUGGACUCGACAGCCGAUGACGGCCUUUAUACGGAUGCUCGACCACCCCCGAUAGACGCAAUACUUGUGACCGGUGCGGCCGCAGCGGCGUACGAUGACUUGCACUGGAUACCGGCUCUGCAGUCAUAUAUCCAAAGAGUGUAUCGCGAGUUCCCCUUCGUUAGGAUCUUUGGCUCGUGCUUUGGCCACCAGCUUAUCGGACAGGCCUUACUGGGGGCUGAGCCAGAUGCGAAAGAUGAUGAACUGUCUGGAAAGGCGGUGGUGAAGCGGAUGCCAGACGGCCACGAAAUCGGGCCUCAUCCGAUAAUACUGAAUCCUGAGUUCGCGCGCCGAUUCGCACCUCUUCAGCGAUUCUCAUCCGCCAAUCCGCUUCGCCUCCAGCUCAUUCACGGUGAUGCCGUGGUACCCUACCAGGAACUGAACGGUGAAAAGGGAACCACGGAAGACUUUCUCGAGGGAAGUUGGAUGAGUAUCGGAAGAACCGACCGCUGUUCUAUCCAAGGGCUAUACAACCCUGGUCGUGUCCUCACCUUGCAGGGCCACUUUGAAUACGAUGCCUUUGCUACCGGGGAGUUGUGCCACCAAUUUGCGAAUACGUUCAAGUGGUCAGAAUCGCGGCUUUCGUCGUACUUGGAAAAGAUCUGGGGAUCUUCGCGGCAUGAUAUGGAGGACGACGAUGACUCUGACGUUGUGGCUGAAGCCGUUCUCUUGUUCUUCGCUGGGGAGGAUUAGAUGUGAAAAGUUAUGUUUUAUUGAGAACUACAUUGCCGUUAAGAUUGGAUGGAAAUGAAUAGAUGCCAUAAACUAUUAAUAAAUUAAAAGCAAAGUCUAGUCUGUGAUUGACAUUCUCACGGAUAUAAAACUGAUAUCAGGCUGAGAAUUGUAAAGGAAAAGCGGUACACAACGGCCA